GGGCAACCAUAUGUUACAAGAUUUAUUAUAUUAUAUUCGAACCUUAUCUAAUGAAAAUAUAAAACUGAUAUGUGAUCCACUUACUUGAUUCAUCAUCACUAUGCCACAGCAACCUGAUCAAACUAUUAGUGAUUGGUACUCCUCCAAUACGUAAAAUACAAAAUAGUUUGGUUCAGAAUUAUUGUUGUUCUGUUACUUAUCUGUAGUAGAGGAUUUCAAUGGCUAAAGUUGGAGAAAGCAAUUCAAAUUCAAGAUGGUCACUCACCGGAAAGACAGCUCUGGUCACCGGCGGGAGCAGGGGAAUUGGCCGUGCGAUAGUGGAGGAAUUAGCCCAACUCGACGCCAAAGUCCACACUUUUUCAAGAAACGAAGCAGCCAUAAACGAAGCAUUGGAGGAAUGGAAAUCAAAGGGAUUCAAAGUCACGGGUUCAGUCUGCGAUGCAGCUUCGAAAGAUCAAAGAACCCAACUCAUGGAAAAGGUCAGUUCAAUUUUUGACGGGAAGUUAGACAUUCUGAUCAACAAUGCCGCAAUUCUGAUGUGGAAGCCAUUUGAAGAACAUACUCCCGAAGAUUAUUCGACCCUUUUGUCCGCAAAUCUCGAAUCUUGUUACCAUUUCUCUCAGCUCGCUUAUCCUCUGCUCAAAUCAUCUGGGAAUGGAAAUAUUGUCUUCAUUUCCUCUGUUUCGAGUUUGGUUAGUGUUAGUGGUGUCUCCGUAUACGCGACAACAAAAGCGGCAAUCAAUCAAUUGACCCGAAAUUUGGCUUGUGAAUGGGCUAAAGAUGGCAUCCGUGUUAAUUCAGUUGCUCCUUGGCUCAUUAGAACUGCCAUGGUGGAAGACAUUAUUGAUCUCCCGGAGUCUGCGAAGAAGAUUGAAUCGAGAACUCCGAUGAAACGAGUCGGAAAUCCGGAGGAAGUUUCACCGUUGGUUGCAUUUCUUUGUCUUCCGGGAGCUUCUUAUAUCACUGGCCAGGUUAUUGCUAUUGAUGGAGGACUUUCAGUGAACGGGUAUGAUUGAGACUUGAGAGAGAUGAUGGCAUUGGCGGCCAAGUUUUCGAGCCAUAAUGAAGAAUUAUUUGUUUCAAAUGUAUGACGAUGUGUGGAGUGAUAAUAACAUUUUUAUUGUUUAUUGGAAUGUUAAACAAUUUAUUGAUAAUUUCAUUCUUAUUCUAAUGCAAGUCUUGAAUUAUCGAUCUAACAAAUAUAUAGAUUCUCCUCAAAUUUCAACCUCAAUAAAACGAGUGAGGAU